CCUCAACGAACGAGAGUCGAGGCGCCGAUUUAGAAAUUAAGUGAACGUGCUGGAUCUUGUUAUUUUUAAUAUUAAACUGUCAUUAAAAUUAGAAAAACUUCAAUAUGAAAACCCAGUCAUCAUCAAAUAGAGAUCCAUUUUCCAGAAUACCAUUACCUAAAUCAUUUUACCAUCCCAGUCAACAGAAGAAACUUUCCAGAACCGAUAGAAAGAUAGCACUAAGUCCAAGCAAAGAGAGAUCUAUAAGUCCAGAAGACGAAUUAUUUUUGAAAGGAAGUAAUGUUUUCUCACAUGGUACUCCACCAACCAGAGAUAGAGAUAAAAGUGAAAUAGUGCAUUUUGAUGAAUCCUGGCCUAGUAGUGAAAGACCUUCAUUUUCAAGUUUAUCUGGCUAUGAUAAUAAUAGUACCGGUAGUUUUGAUGUAACCAAAAGAAAUACAAUGAAAGAAGGACCAGAUGUUAUUAACCAACAUGAUUCAACCACACAAACCAAAUCAGUAUUACAGAGCUAUAUAAAUAGAUUUAGACAUUCAGCACCAACUAGUCGUGAAGAGAGAAAUCAAAAAGGUGUAGCUACCGAAAAAGACUUUUGGUGGUUGUCCUCGCACCCUCUAACACCAACUAGCAGUUCAACACCUAGAGAUGAUAGUGACAAUGGAAGUAGAAGUCGUCAGUUUCUAGAUAGAUCGGAUAAAUCUUAUAGUGCCAUGACAGACUACAGGUCACACCAGGACCAUGAAACACAAAAACUACAAGAAAAAGCAGACAGAAUUUUGGCACAAAGUGAAAGUACAUGUAGUGUUGAAUCAUAUGAAGCUGAACCGGCUAUAAGUAGUGAUGGUCUAGCUAGUUCAUUAUCACAUAGUUCUACUAGUUCCUACGAACCACCAUCCAGAUCACUAUUAUCAAAUAAAUAUACACGUACAGAACCAGCUGGUAAACCAUAUAUAAGUGAGAAGAGAUCAGUACCUGCCAUAACUAGACCAGAAGAUGAUAUUUUAUAUCAGUGGCGUUUACAGAGAAAAAUGGAUUUGUCAAGGAUGGGUGCUGCUGAAAUGAUUGCUAAAAAUAAAUCUGAAGUGUCUUCCAAAUUAAAAGAAUUUCAACAGAAACUGACAACAAAAGAAAUUCCAGUGUCUGUUCAUUUUACACCCAAUCCUGUAACUAGAAUACAGUCCUAUGAUAAUGAGCUUCCGGCAAAUAGUAGAUUAUCAGAAGAUCCAGUAUCUGUAUCUGAACAAACUAAACGACAGACAGUCCUCAAUGAACCAACUGUCGCUAGUCCAUCUUUACUUUAUAAUAAAAGAAGUGACGAAAUGGUUGAACCUCAUCUUCAUUUAAUGUGUGAUGUUUUACCCUGUCCACACGCUCAGAAAUAUCAAAAACAAUUUCAAAAACAGCUUUCAAAUAAUGACAUAAUGUUUAAGGAAGAUGAGAAUGGGUUUGAAGUUCAUCCCUCAGAUAAUGUAAGUGCUCAAUACAAACAAUUCUUAGAGGCCGAAAAACCUCAUUUAGAGAGAAAGAAUGAAAAAGAUGAAGAGAAGGACAAAAGAAAUAUGACAUCCCCAUCUAAUGUUGAAAUUACUCAGUCAGUUGAAGAAAGUUUAGACUUUAAACCAACCAGUAGUGAACAAACUGAACAAACGCAACCUCCUGAAUUCCGAGAAGAAUUUGAUAAAGAAUUACAAACUAAGACAGUUAAUAAUGAAACAAGAAACAGUAGAUCUUCAAAAAGUGCUAGUUCUCCACCUAAUUCACCUGUAAUACGUCCUAAAUAUACCAGUAGUCCUGCUAGAUCUAAAGGAACAGUGAAAACUGCCAUUGGUCAGGCAGUAAAAGAUUUUUUAUUUACGACAUCAAGUAGUUCUGUUGUAUCAAGUGUUGAUAGCAUGUCAUCAAUGUUAUCUGUUAUACCAGAAAGACAUAGGGAGGAUAACACAUAUGAUGAUAGUCUUGAUCAACAUGACAAUACAACUAAUAGAUACCAAGAAGAUGAUAAAAAUGAGCAAGAAGAUAAUGAAGAAGAAGAAGAAGAAUACAUUUCAGAUGGGGAAUACCCUGAUGAUCAUUUAUUAUUAUUAUUACGACAACAAAGGCAAAAUAUUGAACAAAAACUAGGAGAAAUUGACAUGUCUUUAUCAAGAUGAUCUUAUUCUAAGCCAGUUCACAAUCUCCUGUGAUAUCUUUGGUAUUUUGAAGCAAUUUAAAUUACUGAAUUUAAAAAUAUUUUGUUGUUAUCUUAGUACUCUAGUUUAGAGGACGGAUGUAUUCCCUAGCAUUAUGAAUUAUAUACAUUUGUACAUAUAUUA